ACCAGACUGUUCCCUCAAGUCCCAAAUAUUUCUCCCCGUCCCCCGCUCCACCUUAGGUUUCCUCUGCUCUCGCCGUGUUUCAUAUAUUGAUCUGUUACUUUACCACUGCUUAGAGAAGGUUGCAGAUCGUCCCGAAGUCCGUCUCACUGCCCCCAACCCUUAAGCGGCCGAGAGUGGGCAGUCCAGAAGCGAGGAUUCGGCUCAUCUGCUGUCGGGCAUAGUGAAGGCGGGACCUCCGCGGACUCGGAGGGCGAGAUGAGGAUCAACGCCCUGUUUGUCUAGAGCUGGGCUAGGUGCCCUGGGUCGGCCGGGGCUCUGGAUGUGGGUGCCAGACGAUUCCACGGCGCCUCUCAAGAUGGACAGCCGCUACACCAGCUCCGCGGGCCUCGGGGAUUUAAACCAGCUGAGCGCGGCCAUCCCGGCCACGCGCGUGGAGGUGUCCGUGUCUUGCAGAAAUCUUCUUGACCGAGACACGUUUUCUAAAUCUGAUCCAAUUUGUGUCUUAUAUAUACAAGGAGUUGGAAAUAAAGAAUGGAGAGAGUUUGGAAGAACUGAAGUAAUUGAUAAUACUUUAAAUCCUGAUUUUGUAAGAAAAUUUAUUCUGGACUACUUUUUUGAAGAAAGAGAGAAUCUUCGUUUUGAUUUGUAUGAUGUUGAUUCAAAGAGUCCCAACUUGUCCGAACAUGACUUUCUGGGACAAGUGUUUUGUACAUUGGGAGAGAUUGUUGGUUCACAGGGAAGUCGCCUGGAAAAGUCCAUAGUAAUUUAGUUCACCAGCUUCCCUGGUGGCUCAGUGGUA